AUGGCGUGGGAUACUACUUCCACAGUUGUUGUGCCGCUGGCCUUAUUAGCUAUCUUUGCAGCCUUCCCUCCCGUAGUCGUUCAAUUGCGCGUUAAGAACUUUGCCGGCUCGGUUCUCCUGAUCGGAAUCACUAUCCUGAACAUCCAAAACUUUGUCAACGCUGCGAUAUGGUCGUCUGAUGACCCCGACGACUGGUGGGACGGAAAGAUCCUGUGUGACAUUGAAGUCAAGCUCUACAUUGGGAUAUCCCUGGCCGUUGAAGGAGCCGUUGCGAGCAUUUUCCGACAGAUUUCGAUAAUUCUCGACUCGGACCGCAUGACUGUCACCCCUUGCCCGCGACAGCGCCGAAUCACUCGCGCGAUAGAGCUGCUCCUUUGCAUCCUCCUACCUAUAUUCGUUAUGGCUGGCCAUUACUUGGUCCAAAGAGGAAGAUACUGGCUCAGAACGGUGGCGGGAUGUGUGGCGACCUAUGACAACAACUGGGUAGCGCCUCUCGUGACUUAUGGAUGGCCAAUGGUCGUCUGUGUUACCGGAAGCGUCUACUGUCUGAUCUCGGUCCUUCGCCUCUGGCGGCAUCGUAGGCAGGUUUUGGCCUUGCUCACGCACACUCCCGGUGCCACCCCCUCCCGAUUUUUCAGGCUCUUCGCACUUGCGUUCGCCCUCCUGGUAAUGUACUGCCCGCUGGCUGUAUUUGCCUUUGCGCAGAACGUUCGUGUGCCAAUGCAUAUGUAUUCUUGGUCAUAUAUCCAUCCCUCCGACUGGUCAGAAAGAAUCAGGCUGGAGCCCGAGCCCGCUUUGGGAACAGCCUCGCAGGCCUUCACCUUCGACCGGUGGGCGCAGAUCAUCACGGCAUAUGCCUCAUUCGCAUGUUUCGGGCUGGGUCAGGAUGCAAUUCGAAUGUACAAGGGGUGGGCUGAAAGAGCGAGGAGCUUCCUACCUGGAGGCUUCAAGGCAGAUGUCAGGUCAACCCAACAAGCAUCUCGCAACAGCACAUCGGUCAGAAACGAAGAAAAUGUCACACUCGAUAUGGACGAAUUUUCUCUAGAGGAUAAUCACGACAUACUUCGCCAUCCAUCAGCCUCAGGACCAAAUAGCUGA